AUAUACCGUGUUGAGCAACGCUGAGAGGAUUAAAGAAAGACGGAACGCUGCUGCAGAAAAAUAAGUAGAUACUUAAUUUAAACUUGGAAAAGUAUCAAAUAAAAAAACAGAAAAAUGUGUGGAAACUUUAAUUGCUCAAAAAAUGCGCUAAUAGCGCUCAAUAUUUUAUAUGUGAUGAUUGGCUUCUUGCUGAUUGGCGUAGGUGUCUAUGCUCGGGCUGCCUCUAUUGUCACCAACCUGCCCAUUGUGGGUGGAAUCCUCGCCUGCGGUGUGAUACUCAUCUGCAUCUCAAUGCUGGGCCUCGCUGGCGCUGUCAAGCAUCAUCAAGUGAUGCUCUUCUUCUACAUGAUAAUACUGUUCAUGUUGUUCCUCAUCCAGUUCUCCAUUGCCAGCUCUUGUCUGGCUGUCAAUUCUGAACAGCAGCAGCAGUUUGCCGAACAGGGCUGGAAGACAGUUCCACCAGUACUGCGCAAACAGGUCCAGGAUAGUUUCCUUUGCUGCGGUUUCAAUGCCACCAGCAGCACUGCUACCAACUCUGUUGCUGGCGUUCAUAUGACAGAUGAGCCAUCCUGUGAAUUGAUUAAUCAAGAAUGCUGCGCUGACUCAUCGGAUUCGCAGUGUCAAUGCCAGCCAUGUGGCCCACUAUUGGAGGAUAAGAUCAACUAUGCCUUCAAGUUGUGCGGUGGUUUGGGCAUUUUCUUUAGCUUCACUGAGGUUCUUGCUGUAUUUCUGGCGCGGCGCUAUCGCAAUCAACAUGAUCCUUACCAUCUGGCUCCUCGUGCCGUCUUUCCACACAAUUAUCUAUACUAAAAGCACCUGGCACCGCAGGAUACUGUGUUGUUUUAGUCAAGGGACGGAAGGCUGAAUUGUAAUUCUAAUUUUUAAAGAACUUUUCCUAGCAAAAACCAGGAAAGCGUGUAACCCAGGGCAGGGAGGUUUAAAGGAAACCACACACAAUGUGCUCAAAUGCAGCUGCUAGUUUUUAAAAAUAUACAUACAUAUAUAUGUUUUAACUAUUGUUCUAUUGUUAAUUGUUUACAGAGAUUUAAGUUCCCCCAAUUGAGAUUAUAUUUUAUUGUCUUUAAUAUUUUGUUUGUGCUAGAUUAACCACAUUUUUGGUCUAAUUUAGGUAUUAGAUUAUAAAUUAGUUUUCUUUUUUUUUUUUUGUCUAUCUGAUUUCAUGCAACUCGCAACAAUCAUGCAACAACUCAAAAAACUAUUGUACCACAAGAAAAGCAUAAACAUUUCAAAACCUGAUCUUAAAGUAGAGCAACUCUAAGGAAACAAAGUCAGAACAACUCUAGCAACUAACGUAAACUAGUAACUAACAUAAACUACAUACCUACAUACAUAUAUACAACCAUAUAAUCGCAUUAACUAAACUAAAUGGUACAUAUUAUGAUACUCUAAAUGUUAGUUGUGUGUUAAAAACGAAAAACAAAAAACAAAAAUUAAUCUGAAAACCCCAUAAUAGUAAAGAAACAACAUAAAUACAAAUCUAUAUACGUAAAUACAUA